CUUGGUACCUCUGAUGAAAGAAAUUCAUUGAUGGAAGAUCAGGACAAAGAAUAUCUGGAUUCUUUGAGAAAAGAUCAAGAGAAAGAACAAGCAAAAAAAGAAGAGCUUCUUCAUUGCCAAGAAGAAUUUGCAAUUAUGGACCUCGACCCUGCAUUGCCGAUGGAAACUGUGGACCAGGCAACCCUGUCGAUGCUUGAUUGUGAUGAAACUCCACCAUUUCCUGAUGAAACGGUAUGUUUCCAUGGAUUUGGGGCACCAUCGGAAAUCCCAUCUGAAGACAACAUGUGGGAGCCUGUUUCAGAGAAGCCACUUCUUGUCUUGCUAGAAGAAGACAAAGCGAAGGACACUCCAUCAGGAAGUUCUGAGGAUAAUCCAGUGGCAGUUGAACGCAGUUCUGACUUGAAGCAAAGAAAAAUGGAUGUGCUUGAUAAGUUGUCUGGUGUAACAAACGUCUGGGUUCAUCGAAAGACUGUCAUGCGUGACCUUCUUAAAACGUACGAAAACUCAAGAGAAAUAACUCAGCAGCUUGUCACAUUUUCUUUCCAUGGAGAGGUUGGGAUGGAUCUAGAUGGUCUAAAGAGAGAAGCUUAUUCUCUAUUCUGGAAGCAAGUCCUGGAGGACUACUUCGAUGGAAGUUCUACAUUUGUUCCGCGAGUAAGUCCAGAGAUUGAAGAGUCCACGAUGAGGACACUUGGACGUAUUAUCAGCCACCAAUAUGUCCUCACUGGCAUAUUCCCUGUUCAUAUCAACAGGGCAUUUAUGGUGGCUAUGCUCUGUGGACGACAGGCAGUAAGUGACGAAGACCUCAUAGGGGAUUUCCUGGAAUACAUAUCAGAAAAUGAAUCCCAGGAGUUGAAAGCGAUCCCAGCACAGUCAGACCAAGGAGAGCUCUCUGGUGAAUCUUGUGAGUUUUUGCUGGAUUUUUUCAGCGACUACCAGGUAACCAAAAGGCCAUCGGCUUCCAACCUCAAAUCCACUUUGGUGCAAGUAGCCAAGAAUGAGUUGUUAUCAAAACCUGCUAUGGCUAUGGAUGGUAUGAGAGAAGGUCUUCUGGAUGGAGACUUUGAAAAUUUGUGGAAUUGUUCGAAAGAGGAUGUACCAAAGAUGUAUCAAAGGAUACAGCUUACGCCACAACGAGUUAUUGCAAUGCUUGCNAUGAAAAUAAUCCGUUCUUUGUGUCAAAUGUUUCACGUCCUUUCCACAUUUAGAAAACAUAUUGGAAACGAAGAAGAAAUAAAGUUCAUUUUAAUUAGUAUUUUCAAUUGUUUUACUUGCGCGGCUCGGUAUCCAGCUACGGAAAAAGAUAGCGGCAUUAGAUCUGACCAACAAUAA